GUUUAACAUUCUUUAGAGUGCAGGUUGCUUACAGUUUUUAAUUACCUAUAUUGAUUAUUUUUAAGUCAUAACAGAAAUGGCAAAUAUGAAAGAAUUUCUUAAAUCGUUUGAAUGCAUUUUAAAAUCGUGGACUCAUAAUGAUGAUGAGGAAUCACAAAUUAACCACGGAAUAGAAAUUAACCUUAUAUUUAAUUGGGAGCGUAAGCGCAUGUUAAUUCAUCUAGACCUGUUUCAGGAUACCGAUGCUAAUGAAAGAAUUUGCACAGAACAGUUAAAGAUUCCUGCGAGAGGUUCUAAAUCCCAAUUUAUUGAGGAUAUGAAUGAAACACUAAGAGAACACACUCUCAUUAACUUCAGAUUCGGAAUAUCUUUUAUCGAGGAAAAAUUUCCAAAUAAACCUUAUUUCCGUGCACAUGGUUGCGACAAUCUCAGUGAGAAGGUUAUGGAUUUGUAUCAUAAGAAGCACGCGGAACUAUUUGAUGUCAAAUUUGUCCAUAAAGGCUGUAAAGUAGUGAUGUAUUUUUUUACAAGAACUGAUGAAGAGGAAAGCUUCGUUAUGAGUUGUGGAUCAUUUAAUUAUCAUGCAACUAAAAGAAUAGAAGAUUAUUUGGAAUGCCCAAUUACAAUGGGGAGUUUCGCAGAUUUUAAAAUAUGUUGCAUCGGUGAAAUAGAUGAUGAAUCGUUUAGAAUGACUGAAGAAUGCGUUGGACAAGCGUUAGAAAUUUUAAAUGGUCAUUUGAGAUUUCUCGAAGAACAAAAAGAAGAAUUCGGUAUUAUUACAAAAAAGACAAAUGAAGAAAUUGAGAAAGAAUUCUAUGAAACAGAUUUCAAUAUCGAAAAAAAACAAGAUGCCGAAAAAAGUAAAGAGACAAAUCCUUCAAAUACAUUAUGUGAAAGAAAUCUUUCUCAGUCAAGUGUUGUUUAUGUGGAUCUAACAGAUGAAAAAGUAGAAGAUACUGAAAUGGCUGUGGCAAGCUCCAUGGCUUGGGAAGAAUAUGUUUUUUUUUGCCAUACAAGUGACCUUGAAAGCGCACCUAUUUGUAAGCACCGUCAUAAAGAUAGUAUUUCUUCUUUUAUUCAUGACUUGAGAAGGUAUAAACAAAUUCAGGAAAAAGAUGAGGAAAAUACGAUUUACGAAUCACUUUCAGAAAAAGAAAAGAAUAUUAUGAAAGCGUUAAGUGAAAGCUUACAGCUUAAUAAUUAUGUUGUGUUUCGCCGCAAUGUAAUGCAAAUGAAUAAUUUAAAACAAGUUAAAGCUUUCAUUAAAUUGUUAAAGGAAAAAGGAAAAACAUUACAUCAGAAAAAAAGAGAAAACAAAAAAUUACAAAAGGAACAAAGAAAAAGUAAAAUGUUACAUCAGGUUAAAAGAAAACAGCUUUCACCAAGCAAAGGAAUGCGUGCUUUUGACACGAUGGUGCAAAAGAUGAAACAACAUCAUAUUGAUGACGAAGUUAAUAUUGUUGAUGAAAUUCCUCCAGAAAAUGAUCCAAACAUUGUUCGGCUGAGGCGAUUGUAUAACCCCGAACCACCGCAGGAGCCUCACCCCAAAAGUAACAAAAAAUCAAACAAAACUAAAUCUAGAUCAAAAAAUAAAAAUUAAUUUUUUAGAGUUUCAGAGAAAUAUGUAAAUUGAUAAUUUUUUGAUCUAUACAAAUACUUUUCUUUCAUUCUUCUAUUCAGUGUCAAAAAUUGAGUCUAUCUAUUGUAAUAAGUAAAAUUGAUUGUUUUCUAAUAUUAAGAUUGAUUAAACAGCUAAUUUUCAUGUAGAAGAAGGUUCCAGAAAACAUGUUCGUAUUGGUUCUGCUGUCUUAAUAUGAAAGUGGUAUGACGACAAAUUGUUAAAGUUUUCUAUCGUUUAAGAACCUGAACAACAUAUCAAUAGAUAAUAAAUCAUAUCAAUCUAACAAUUCGCUUAGAAGUUCUUAUAAUCCUGAAAAGGC